CGUUAUUUUCGGGCUGGCCCACGACGAACGGGCCGGACUCCACUCGCCGUUGUUAGUCUCCUACUCAGAUUCUCAUUCUUUCUCAAACCUGGCUCUUCUCUCAAGUCAAGUCUUUCUCUCUCUCUCUCUGCGUCCUUCUUUCUUGAAUCAACAACCGGAAAACCCAAUUGCCGCUUCCCGGAGAAGGCAAUUCAUCUCCGGUCACACCGCUCCAGCGGGGGAAAAUCGACGGCAUUUAGGGUUUUGGUAGUUGGUUUGGUUGGUUCAGAGAUGGAGAAGACAGAGGAGGUGGCUAGAAAGAGUAACAAAGGAGGUAGCUCUUGCUGUUUGAUUAACGAUGUUGUUCCGGAAGAGUUAUUGACGAAAAUUCUGAUACGUCUCCCACUGGAUCAGAUCUUCCGCUGCAAAUCCGUCUGCAAAAACUGGCUGUCACUCAUCCAAAACCCUCUCUUUUCAACUUACUACACCAAGAAGAAGAAGAAGAAGCAGAGUAAGAAAAGGAAGAAACAGAAGAAGAAGAAGAAGAGUACAACAUUCAGUUGCAACCUCAACUCCCACCCCCAACAAAGAUCAGCCGUCCUGAUCCCCAAUAAUAAAGGCCGCCGCAAGGACGAGAGGAAGAGACUCAAAUUCUCCCUUGAUUUCGUUCCAGACAUUUCACAGCUACACGGAGUUGAUACUUACAAUGAUCUUCUCCAACGAGUGCCUCAGAACUUGAAGGAGAACCAGAAGAGGGUGAUCCUAGGGUCCAACGGCUUGUGCAAGUGGCACCCGCCGAAUUAUUAUACGACCAGGGACUUGAUCCUAGGGUCGUCCAACGGCUUACUUCUCUGUGCGCCUCUCCUCUUCACACAAACGCCCGGAAAGGGCCCCGUGUUCGAUGAUUUCGCACCCAUUUACGUGGUCUGCAACCCUCACACCAAGCAGUGGCUUCAAGUCAAGCCCCCGCCUCCUUUUUGCUCCUCCAUUUUCCCACAUGCCACCCAUGUCAGCUUCGUCUCCGACUUUGAUUCCGAUGGUGGUUGUUGGUUCAAGAUCAUACGGCUCCCUCUCGAGUUCAAAACUCGACGCAGACGCUCCCUCGAGCUGCAAGUCUUCUCAUCCAAAUCCUGGGAAUGGACAGCCACUACUGUGCCAUCCCUUCCACGGUCGAUUGGGCCCGACUAUCCAACAGAGAUGGUUGUUGCAGUUGAAUUGAAGAAGAAGAAUGGCAGCCCCCGUCUGUGCUGGUUGUUCAAGGACACCCAAGCGGUUGUCUACGAUCCCAUCAACAAUGUAGUUGAUGCUGUGAUUGGAGCUAUACGGCCACCAAAUCCUAGAAUUGUUCCGGAGGUGUUUUUGGAUGAGAUGUGCGUUAGCAAGGGAUGCUUGUGGGCAGGAAGCCUCUAUAGUAGAAAGAAGCUGAAAAUUUAUAAAGUUUCAGGGAAGAAAUGGAAGAUGGUGGAAGAUUUUGACAUGAUGCACGUGUACAAUCCGAGUGGGGAUCGGAUAGUUAUGCUCGUGUUUCGAUGGAUUUCAUUCGUGACGAUGAAUCCAGAUGAUCCACAGGAGGUGUACCUCAGAUCUCACAACUCAAUUGCCCUGUUGAACCUGAGGACCAGAGCUUUGAAGGUUCUUGGAGCUUUGGGUGACCCAAAUUGCAAUUGCAUCCUGAUGCCACCAGCAAUCAGGGUGAAACCAUCAACAAUCAUAUGUGACAACCCACUAUGGCCAACUCCCCUCCCUUCUUUCUCAUCUUCUUCUUAAUGGAUUGGAUCUUUCGCCUUCUUUCUCAUCUACUUCUUAAUGGAUUUUAACUUUCUUUAUUUUGCACAAUAAUGAUAUAUUUUACAUCAUAUUUUCUAUCAAUGGUAGAGCAGAGUUUAUUCCUAACUUUCACCACAUUUCCAUUGCAUCAAACAAUCAUUGCAGGGCAAGAUUGUCAACUUGUGGGUUGACCCGCCGAUUGACUCUCUUUUACCCUAAUUUGGUGAGAAAAACGGGUUAGACAUACCCCUCGGGUCGACCUUCUACAAGAUUACAGGGUUGGAGAUCACAUACUGUCGUUUUUUCCUUUAGUUUGCAAAAUUCGCUCAUUUUUUGGUUUUCCUCUUCACCUACCCAUAUUUUUGGAAUUCUAAGUUGAAUAUUUAAAUAUUGAUGUUAUAUAAGUGUGUU